CUGCUUUGACUCACAGACAGUUUCAAGCACUGCUAAAAGACAUGGACAGUGCUUAUAACAACAUUCCAUUUCACAGCAACAUUUGGUGGCUAAGUCCUACGUGAUGGCAUGUAAUGUUACUAUUACAUUAAGUGUUUCUUGCAAAUGUCAUGCAUUUCUACUAAAGUGUUUAGUAAGGGCUUUGAGCAUAUAUUUAUUUCACCAUUAUUUAUAUGACAAAAUAUUGGAAUAUAAGAGAGAAUCCACUGGAAUGAAGUGAUUGGAGAAUAUCAGUCUUUGCAGAUAGCAAUUUUUGCAGAACCUAAUGCUUCAAAAGAUUGAAUGUGUAAAUACAUCAUGUGGUUUCACAGAAUUGUAAUUAUAUUAUCUUAUUUGUCAAUAAUUUGAAAUAUACUUAAAAUAACCUAUUUGCACCAAACAAAGGUUAAGGAUGGGGAAGGAAUGGAAAAAAUAAUAGCUGAGACACUGUAAUGGACUAUAGUGAUGAAGAGAGUUCAUAUGCAGACCUGUCAGAAAUAAAGGACUCAAGCUUUUUUUAUUGGUCAGUUACAUUAAGUUAGAAAUGUGAGGUUAUUUUCAAAACUUUCUGUAUUAUGUCCAUGUAUGUAAUCUAGGAUAUGAACAUCCACAGGUAGAUGCACAUUGCAUUGGACAAGAUGCAUAUUUUAAAAACUGGUGCGAAUAUGUGCACACAUCAACCUAACUUUCGGUGCCAUGCAAAAAUAGAUGGAGAAUGAGUGAAGCUACGACAAGUAGUCAAACAUUUUCAGUUUUGAAAACAACUUUUGUGGGAAGCUCCUGUUAGUCUUGUUCAUAUUUAGACUAAUGAAAUAAAGGUUUGAUUCUGCAAAACUUUCUUCAAGUGAAAAGUGCUAUUACUCCAUCGCUCUCUCCACUUUACCACCAGCAGAGCUCAAAGAAAAAAUGUAAUGCAGCCUUAAAGGAUCCCAAAGGGGCAGUUACCAGCUGUAAAAAUGUGGACAGCAUAGCUCUGUUGGAGUCACCCUUUGAAGAGUGGGGGUAGUCUGUGAUGAGGUGUACAAGCCCCACACUGGGAAAGGAAGGGGUAAGGAACAACUCUGGGCCCAGAAAUCCCUGCCUACCCACACCUGCUGGGCAUGCCCACAAUGGAAGAGGAGCUCAGAAGGGAGCAGCCCAGCUCAGUCUUGGUGUACUGGACAGGAAAGGAGUUGUGUGGUACAGGCUUCUGCCGAAAAGCUGAGGCCCCACAUGGCCAGGACUAGGUCCCAGUUCCAAGCUACCACAGGCCCUUCGGCCCCGGAGGACUGGAAUGACAAACCUCAACGCAGGGUGGGAAACCCUCCAGACCAUGACCAGGGAGGACUUCAAGGGGAGCUCAGAAAUUACCCAGUGGCACCAACAAAGGAACUGAUACAAGGGUAGGAAGUAGCCCAGGGAGCAGCCGCCCACCCCCCUAGGCCACUUACUUUGACAUAUUGUUUCAUUGGGCCUAGGGUUGGAACCCGCUGGAGCAGGGAGGGCCUAGGUUUUACUACCCUGUCUACUGACUCAUCAUCGGGCAACAUGGCUGUAAGCAGUUACUCACUCUCGCUAUUGGGUUACACUGUCCAAAGUAUCUCCACCAGGUGGUACUGCCAGGCUGGGACUCAAAACACCUCCUGACAGUCCAGGAACACAAAGCCAGCCCAGAUAUUCUUGGUCUCUCGCCUGUCCAUGAGGAAUGGGUCCCAUAUAUUGUUCUGGAAAGAACAUCAUGAAACCACAUCUCCUACCAAAGGGAACAAUUGUGAAGGAAUCUUUGCAAGGAAAACAUCACUCAGAUUUGCUCUGCCUUUUUCUACUCCUGUGGAUUUUCCAACUAAGUCUCACAACACCUCUGUGAAGGUGGUGUAGGUAUUGUUCUAUUUUACACAUGGGGAAACAGGCACACAUUGAAGUUAAGUGAUAUGAGUGACUCUCAAUAACACAGCAAACCAGUGACUGAAUCAGAAAUACAAGGCAAGAGUUCUGACUACCAGUUUUGUCCUGUAUAAAAUAUUCCUCCCUCCCUCUAUGGGUUAAGAUUAGAGGGAGAAUCCUUAGGAAAAUCACAAGGUCAAAUCAAUCCCUAGGAAUGCAAUGGCUUUCUUUCUAGUCCUUACAGCGGAAUGAUUUUAUAGCCAAAAUGUGUUUUUUCUGCAAGUUGCUUUUGACUAUCCCAGCAUUUUCUAUUUCCACACUGCAGACCACCAGAUGUAUAACAGACCAUCAAAAACAACCAAAUAGUCUGUCUUCCUUGGCAUUUCAUCUGAGCAGAGAGGUCAAGCAAAAUGAUGUAUAAUUACUUCCACUCCUCCCUAAAUUCCACAUAUCUGGCAGAGCCACCAGUAACAUACCACAUCAACUACUCACAAGGUAUAGACCCAUGUUAGUUAGACCCAGUAGUUCCCAAGGAGAGAGGAAGAAGGGCAACUGACGAUUAGAGGGGGGGAAAAAAAGCACAAAAAUAACUCUGAAAGAACUGAAUCUGCAUCACCAAUUUAAGUACUUAAAUAGGAGGAGUCAUGAAUUGCAAAAGCUUGAACAUUGGUUUUUGCCCUAUGCAAAAUCACUUCCUUCUCUUCACCACACCUGUUUUAUCAGCGACGUUUCAUUGUCAGAUCAUAGUGUAAGCUAGCACACUAUAAGGAAAUACUAAAAUCUUCUCCAUUCAGUUGUGGAUGUUACGUGUUGCUUUUCACCAUUUCCAUAUGUUGAAGCUGUUUCUCUUCAUCUUUUUGACGUGCCGGGUGAGAUCAGAUACAGAACAAAAAUGUCAAGAAUUCACAGAUCUUAGCAUACACAAUGCUUUAGCUGGGACAAAUCUAAAAGUGAAACUGCUGUUGUACACAAGGACAAACCAAAACUGUGCUGAGAGUCUCAGUGAAUAUAAUACAACAGCAUCUACAUAUCUGGAUGUGACCAAGAAAACUGUCUUUAUAGUCCAUGGCUUAAGACUAACAGGCUCUACACCAAUAUGGCUGAAUGACACCAAAGAACUUCUGCUGUCUUUAGAGGACAUUAACCUCAUUAUAGUAGAUUGGAACAGGGGUGCUACGACUGUAAUUUAUCAUAAUGCUGUCCACAACACCAGAAGAGUUGCAGAAAUCUUGAAGAAAUAUAUUGACCAGAUGUUGGCAUAUGGAGCCUCUCUUGACUCUAUUUAUAUGAUUGGAGUUAGCCUUGGGGCUCAUAUAGCUGGAUUUGUUGGAGAAAUGUAUAAUGGUAAACUUGGCAGAAUUACAGGUCUUGACCCAGCUGGCCCUUCAUUCAGUGGGAAACCACCAAAUGAGAGAUUGGAUCAUACAGAUGCACAGUUUGUUGACAUCAUUCAUACUGAUAUAGAUGUUCUAGGCUUCAGGGAACCUUUAGGACAUAUCGAUUUCUAUCCAAAUGGAGGAGCAGAUCAGCCUGGCUGUCCACAAACACUGUUUAGUGGAGCUGAGUUUUUUAAAUGUGAUCAUCAGAGAUCUGUUUUCUUGUUCCUGUCAUCCUUGAGAUGGAGUUGCAACAUAACAACAUACCCUUGUGAUUCAUACUUGGAUUACAAGAAUGGAAAAUGUGCCAACUGUGAAGCUUUUCAACCAAUGCCAUGUCCAGUACUGGGUUAUUUUGCUGAUAAGUGGAAAAACUAUUUAAUCCAAAAAGACCCUCCGGAGACAAGGGCUUAUUUUGAUACCUCAGGCCAAGAACCAUUCUGCAUGUAUUACUACUUUGUGGAUUUUAUUACUUGGAACAAAAGCAUUAGGAGAGGUUUCAUUAGAAUUAAAAUAACAGACAAUGCUGGAAACACAAUAGAAUCAAAAAUGAAUAGUGAAGCUGCUACAUUUCAGCAGUAUAGACAAGCCAGUGUCUUUGUUGGAUUUUAUGAGGAUUUUGACAAAAUAUCAAGAAUUUCCUUGACUUUUUCUACAAGGACUCUAAUAGGCCCAAAAUAUAAGCUCAGGAUUCUCCGAAUGAGGCUAAGAUCCGCUACAGAUCCAGGAAGGCUGCAGAUGUGCAGAUAUGAUUUUGUACUUCUGGAAAACAUUGAAACAACCUUCAAGCCUAUUCCAUGCCAAGAGAGGGACAAGUAAAGAGAGAGCCUCCGCUAACUUGCUUUCUUUUGUAGAAAAUAUCAUUUUUAAUUCUUUCUCAGGACUAAGGCCUGCUCUGAGGAGGGAAAUGAGACAAAACAGGCUCAGUUUCUGAAGUUGGAAUGAUAAUCUUCAUUGCUUUCUGUGGGUAUCGUAGAGUGAAAUUCAACAGCCAGUUCAGUCACAUUUUGAAAACAAAUGUAUGAUGGCAGAACACAUACAGUGAUCUAUUAGCCAUUGUUUGUAAGUAGCAAGAAUAUUCCAGGAUUCUUCUGAAUUAAAUGUAACUAUCUGCACUGAUCAUGGCAAAUUAGUUGUCAUGUAACAUAACGUAAUUAUUUUUAUGCUAUUUUUCCUAUCAAGACAUAAUUAUCUCUCUGUGAAUUUAAUAUGCUAUCCAGAUGAUAUACAGACCAAAGAUACAGCAAUUUUGGAGUAUUAUAUUCACCGAAUAAAUAAUUUGAAUUUAUUUCCUUAUCUGAUGCUUCUGUUUUUGGAAACCAGAAAAAAUAGUUGAUAUUUGUGCAAAUAUAUGUAAAUUUGCUGUUUAAAGCAAUUCUCUCUGAUCUCCAGUGUCUUCUGUAGGUGAAUAUUGUUGCAAACCUUUAAGUGAUUGUCUAUUAAUGAGAAUGGACAAGGGAUUGGCAUGCAGGUAUGAAGAAAUUGGAAUGUCUGUUUAUGGCCUGUGUUAUACAGAUAGUCAGACUGGAUGAUCACACAGUCUUAGAAUCUAUGAAGCUCUGAAUAUACUUACAGAGAAAUUGUGUGGCAUUAGGAAUGGUGUCUACAAUGACCAGAUUUUACUGCUGGGUGGGAUGAAAUAGGUAUAGAACUCUGGACAUACAUAGCUAUCUGCCUACAAGUCUGUUGUACCCAUCCCAGUAAUGCUCACUGAAUGCCUUUGUAUAACUGCUGCCUUUUCUAUUAUU